AUGCCUCUCCGCCGCCGCCUCCUAGGUCUAUCUGCCGCCGUCUCCGGCGCCCUCCGCCGCUCGCUCGCGACGGACGCCGCGCACCCCCCGUGGGUCAUGCUCGACCGCGUGGCGCAGGUCGUCGGAGCGUGGAGCGCGGCAGCGCGCCUCGCCGAGCCGCCGCAUGUCUCCGAACUGCGCCUCCCGGAGCACGUCAUCGAGGCCUUCCCCGCCCCCGACAGAGACUUCCUGGAACUGCGCUCCGGCGCCAUCUCCGGCGCGAGCUGCGACGGCCUCCUCUUCCUCUCCGUCCUAAACGCGCGCUUCACCCCUCCCGCCGCCGGCGAGCGGCGCGCCGGUCGGGCGAGCACGCACCCCGCCGUCCCCGACCCCGCCCACGCGCCCCGCGUCACACGCCUCGUCUGCAACCCUCUCACCCGCGAGCUAUCCCGCCUCCCGGACUUCGUCUCCGACCCCGAGUACGAUUUCAUGCUCGCCACCCAGAUGUCCAUGGGCGUGCUCACCCAAUCAGACCGCGGGCAGGGGCCGCCUGACAGGUUCGUCGCUGCCUUGCUGAACGGGGAGCAGAUGCUCCGGUUUCGUUCGGAAACAGGGGAGUGGGAGGCCGUGGCGCUCUCGCCGUGCUUUUUCCCACUUCCGCGGCCGCGGCGAGUGACGCUGGACCAGGAGACGCUGGCAUUCGGCGGUCGCCUGUGGUGGGUCGACCUGUCCUGGGGCGCACUCUCCGCUGACCCGUUCAGCGACCGGCCGGAGCUCUCCUUCGUCCAGCUGCCGAGGGGCAGCGUGCUGCCUGAAGGCGCGCACGGCCAAGCGAGGAGCUUGGGUGUCAUCGACUGGCAUAUGCACACGCCCUUCAGGUACCGGCGCAUGGGUGUCAGCCAAGGGCGGCUGCGCUACGUCGAGGUCUCUCGGGACGAACCGUUCCUUCUCAGCUCCUUCGUGCUCGACGACGGGGGCAGCGGCUGGAUGCAGGAGCACCGGGUGGUGCUCAACAAGCUCUGGGCGAGCCACAUGUCCCUACCCUUACAGCAGGGGGCGACGACACGCAUUGUCCUCAUUGACCCAGUUAAUGCCAACGUCGUUUACCUCGCAGUUGACACACUAGCCGUCGUCGCCGUGGACAUGGACAGGGAGGAGGUGAUUGGGAGUUAUCCGUACAGCGACACCGCCGCCUGCAUACCAUGUGUUCUUCCACCCUGGCUCGGAUCAAGCCGGAUCCCUUCUGCAGGAGGCAAGAAGUUCGUUCGGAAAAACAAGACUCUGGUAGAUGUCGUAGCUUAUUCCGACAGCUACUACAAAAGAUGA